AUGGGCACCGGUGCUUCAGCUGCUGCGGCAGCUCUCUCUCUACCAGAUGCUCCUGCCAUGUCGCACGACGAAUACGUCAAGGAACACCACAAAUUCUGGGAGGCCUACAGGGACGCACAAUGGAAGGAAGCCUACAAGUACAUGGCUUCGCAAACCACCGCUGGCGCCUUCGCUGCUGUCGGCGAACGCAAUUAUGAGAAUUGCGUACGGUUCGCUGUGGGAGCCAUUGGCCAAACGCAGGAGAGCCCCAAAGACGUGGAAGAAGCUGCUGCGGUGCUUUGCCGGAGCGUCGAAGUGGCCAAGUGGCCAGCCGCAAAGGCCGCAGGCUUCCUGAUGGAUCACCCGAAGAGGACAGAAGUCCUGGAAGUAUUUCUGAAGUCAGUAUCCCCAGAGUUCGCCGGAAAAGCUGCAGAGGCUCAAGCGGAGCAGCUGCUGGCAGCCAUUGACGGCGAAGCCAAGGCCUUUGGUGCCGUGGUCUUGUCCGUGGCCCGGGCCUGCAUCGCAGAGGGUGCGGAAGAGAAGGCUUUGAUCCUACUGGAGAAGUAUUUACGGCUGCACAAGGCGCCAGAUGCUUAUGAUGCUGGAGAUUUGUUGGCUCUUUGGUAUGCGUUGCAAUGGCGGAGGUCGGGGAAGAAGCCACAGCACGUAGGCAAGGUAGCUGUGGUCCUGUUGAAGAGGUCCCACAUGAAAGUAGUUGUGGAUGACGACGGAACGGAGCUGCAUGGCGGUGUCGCCAGCUGGGACGAGAACACUCUCAAGACUGUGACUGUGCCGGACAUCAUCCGGGACUGGCGGCUCUUUAGUGAUGCUAUGUGCUUUUUGACCGACGGUGCGAUUGGGUUCGAGCCCAUUGUGGUGGAAGACUGCUGGGAUGUGCUGACCAAGGCCCACAACCCAUUCUGGGAUUCCAAGUAUAAGCGCUGCAUUUCCCAUACGGACUUCGGAGCACCUGACUUCGUGUCGGCCCUCCAGACAUGGGAAGAAGGCUACAUCAAGGAGAGGGGCGACUCAGACGUUCUGGCCUUCCAUCUCUUGUUUCCUGCCGGCCGGCCCAAGGAGGCCAAGGUGACCAUCACCGUCGGGGGCAUCGCUGCAGGUGGGCACUGGCUCGGUGACACUGAGUUCGACUGGUAUGUGCAGACCAUCACCCGACGUUUAGCUCCCAUGACCGACCUCACUUUGGGAGAACACUGGAGAUCCUGGUGGGGUGGCCGUGAAGCCGAAGAAGAAG